CUCCAUCUCUUCAAAAACUCCACUUUGCAGUUUGCACUAAUUCAUAACCCAAUCAACAAAUCAAAGUAUCAUAAACAAUGUUCUUCUUCUUCGUAGGAGGCUUAGAGCAGCAGGCGAGACAGGUAUUGAAGAGCGGGGCAGGGAGGUGCAUUGCGUGCGGAUCACGCGCUGACCUCGUCGAUUAUGAAAAGGUUCUCAAGUUCUUCUUUGUUCCGGUGUGGAGAUGGCCGGGAAAAGAGCCGGUGAUGUACUGCAACAAUUGCAAACUCUUCUUCCCUCAAUCUCUAACUCCUCCUCCGCCGUCAUCCACGGCUGAGGUCCCGGACGUUCUUAGGUGUCAGUUCUGUCGCCGGGAAGUGGACGGCGAUUUCCGAUUCUGUCCCUUCUGUGGUAAUGCACUGUGAAUGAAUAUUCUAUAUGUAAUAACAGACGCUUCAGGGUUUGAAAUACUUUGUAAUUAUGUUACUCUUCUUGUCUUG